AUCUCCCCAGACCCAAGAGCUCUGGUCAUGAGGCCCCCAACCUUCCUGCUGCUGCUCUUAGGGGUCCUGGCCCUGAAGGAGACCUGGGCUGGCUCCCACUCCCUGAGGUAUUUCUACACCGCGAUGUCCCGGCCUGGCCUCGGGGAGCCCCGCUUCAUCGCCGUGGGGUACGUGGACGACACGCAGUUCGUGGGGUUCGACAGCGACUCCCCGGGCCAGAGGAUGGAGCCGCGGGCGCCCUGGGCGGAGCAGGAGGGGCCGGAGUACUGGGAAGGGGACACGCGGAUCCUCAGGAACAAAGUAGCAGUGUACCGGGACAACCUGCUCACCCUGCGCGGCUACUACAACCAGAGCGAGGACGGCUCUCACACCCUCCAGCAGAUGUUUGGCUGCGACGUGGGACCCAAAGGCCGCCUCGGCGGGUAUAAGCAGUACGCCUACGACGGCGCCGAUUACCUGGCCCUGAACGGGGACCUGCGCUCCUGGACCGCGGCGGACACGGCCGCGCAGAUCUCCCGGCGCAAGUGGGAGGAGGAAGGUUGGACAAAGCGCGUCAGGAACUACCUGCAGGGCCUAUGCGUGGAGUCGCUGCGCAGAUUCCUGGAGCGCGGGAAGGAGACGCUGCAGCGCUCAGAUGCCCCAAAGACACACAUGACCCACCACCCCACCUCUGAGCAUGAAGUCACCCUGAGAUGCUGGGCCCUGGGCUUCUACCCUGCGGACAUCACCCUGACCUGGCAGCGAGAUGGGGAGGACCUGGCCCAGGAAACGGAGCUGGUGGAGACCAGGCCUGGGGGUGAUGGAACCUUCCAGAAGUGGGCAGCUGUGGAAGUGCCUUCUGGAGAGGAGCAGAGAUACACGUGCCUUGUGCAGCAUGAGGGGCUGCUGGAGCCCCAAGUCCUGACUUGGGUGCCACCUCCUCAGUCCUCUGUCCCCACCGCGGGCAUCAUUGCUGGCCUGGUUCUCCUUGGAGCUGCGGUGGCUGCAGCUGUGAUGUGGAGGAAGAAGCGCUGAGGAAAAAAAGGAGGAAGCUACACUCAGGCUGCAGGCAGCGACAGUGCCCAGGGCUCUGAUGUGUCUCUCACAGCUGCUAAAGUCUCAGCCAGCUACUUUGUGUGGACUGAGUGAUGCAGGAUUUCUUCUCACCCCCACUUUGUAACUUCAAGGUCUGCUGGUUUCCUUUGCUGCAAAAGGCAUCGGAAUGUGUCUCUGUUCUUACUAGACAAUGUGAGGAGUUGGGGAGACUGGCCCAGCCCUGCCCACCAGGCCCUUCCCCACACUGACCAUUGUUUUUCUUUGAUGACUUUCCUAUUCCAGCAGAGGCAGCUUAGCCUGUGUCUACCUAUCUUUGUGUUUCCUCAAGAAUAGUAACUACUUCCCUCUUGAAAUGAUAAUCAAGUUCUAAAAUUUCUGUUUGUAAGCUUGGCCAGUGGGUUUGAUGGGCUAAUAAAAAUGAUUCCUAAAAUUUGAGAUGAAAUAAAUGGGAAGCC